AUGUGCCAGCAGCACGAGCAUGGGACCCUAUCAGGGGCACGAGAGACACGACUGGCUGCUGACACCACGCAAUCUCGAGAACCGUUCCCCUGGGAUGUGGGCGUCUUUGACGCCCACUGUCACCCGACAGACACCCUGGGGUCCGUGUCGUCGAUUUCCCGAAUGAAAGCCCGGGCCCUGACGGUCAUGUCCACCCGAUCCCAGGACCAACACCUGGUUGUCGAUGUGGCAUCGGAACAAGGGGUGACAGGGAGCAAGGCCCUUUACUCGUCGGGUCAGGAAGAUUCAGGGCGGCGCAUCAUCCCAUCUUUCGGGUGGCAUCCAUGGUUCUCCUACCAGAUAUAUGAUGAUACCGCUCCGAACCCGACAUACGACGGAACACCAGAGGGCAAGGUGGCCCACUAUGACAAAAUCCUAUCCCCGCCGCCCACGUCGAAAGACGCGUCUUUCAGCAAGGGCCUUCAGGACCCGCGGCCGCUGUCCGAGUUCAUUAGCGAGACGCGGGCUCGCCUCGAGAAGCACCCUCUCGCGCUGGUCGGCGAGAUCGGCCUGGACAAGGCCUUCCGCAUCCCGGACAGCUGGACCAAGUCGGCCGAGGUGCAGCGGGACGAGGAGCUGACACCCGGUGGGCGCGAGGGCCGGCGCCUGAGCCCGCACCGGGUCAACCUGGACCACCAGACGGCGGUUCUCAAGGCGCAGCUGCGUCUGGCGGGCGAGAUGCGGCGCGCCGUCAGCGUCCACGGCGUCCAGGUGCACGGCGGCGUGUACAACGCGCUCGCGGACUGCUGGCGGGGCCACGAGAAGGAGGUGCUGUCGCGGCGCGAGCAGCGGAAGGUGGCCAAAAACGCCAAGGACUUUUCGUCCGACGACGAGGACGACAGCGGCAUCGCCGGUGGCCAAGAAGAAUUGAGGCCAUUGCCCUUCCCUCCGCGGAUAUGCCUCCACUCCUAUAGCGGGCCGCUCAACAUCCUGAAUCAGUAUACGCACAAGUCGGUACCGGCCAAGGUGUUCUUUUCCUUCUCGACAGCUAUCAACUGGGACCCCGAGGGGGGCGACAAGAACAAGAAAACCGAGGAGGUGAUACGCGGGUGCCCGGACGACAGGAUCUUGGUUGAGAGCGACCUUCACACGGCUGGGGACCAGAUGGACCAGGCUCUGGAGGACAUCUGCCGGAAGGUAUGCGAUGUCAAAGGGUGGGAGUUGCGAAAAGGGGUCGAGCAGCUCGGCCGCAACUACAGACAGUUCAUCUUUGAUGAAUAA